AUGACACAACAACCAUUAACACCACAUAGAACACUUUUAGCCGACUUCAUGUUGAAUUAUAACCUUGGAAAUCCAGUUUAUGUUGACAUUAUACCACCAUUACGACCAGUAGGGAUUAAAUAUAUUAGCCAUCGCAACGAUGUUACGAUUUCCAUUGCAAAAACUGUAGCUGAUGCUGCUACCCAUUCACCGCCAGCAGCUGAUGCUGACUCUGAUAUUGCAAAAAAAGGAUUAUUGUUUUAUGUUUCUCUUAUUAUUGGAAAACGCAAAUUCAACCCAUCAAAAGGAUUUGAAAUCAGGCCCGAGGCACAAGAUCACGUUGCUGCUAUAGCCCUUGAAAUUUUGCAUAAAGAAAUUAGAUUAGAUGAAAUGAAAAUCAUUCGUGAAAAAAGUAUAGCAUACCAAAAGUCAAUUGGAAGAAUUCUCGAUGAUGAUGACAUUUUUGAUUAUGAUAUACCUUCUUAUAAGGACAAGUUUAAUGAUCUUGGGUUGCCGGUGGAAGUCGAAGUAAAUGAUAUAGGAAAGGAAAUAGAUAUAGCUAAGUUAGAAGUAAGAAAAAUGGAAUCAAUGGACUGUGGAGGUCAACAACCAUCUUUAGUCAAAGAAGGAGGACCAUCAGAUCACAGAAAUCAACCAUCUUUAGUCAAAGAAGGAGGACCAUCAGAUCACAGAAAUCAACCAUCUUUAGUCAAAGAAGGAGGACCACCAGAUCACAGAAAUCAGCCAUCUUUAGUCAAAGAAGGAGGACCAUCAGAUCACAGAAAUCAGCCAUCUUUAGUCAAAGAAGAAAGACCAUCGGAUCCAUCAUCUUUAAUGAAAGAAGGAAGACAAUCAGAUCACGGAAAUCGAUCAUCCUUAGUGAGUGAAAAAAGGUCAUCAGACUACAAAAAUCGAUCAUAUUCAAUGAACAAAAGAAGACCAUUAUAUUCACCUUCUUUAGUGGAAGAAAGAAGUUGUUUCUAUCGUAGAAAUCAAAAAGAUCUUCCUUUGUUCACUAAAGAUAAA